GAGAGAGAGAGAGAGAGAGAGAGAGAGAGGGAGCAACAUCAGCGACUCUCCUUCCUUCAGUCCCUGCAGCCACGCGUCCACAGGAGCUCCUGCUGCCGCUGGUGACCAGACCCGCUUCAGACACCCAGCCGCCCAGUUCCGACCUCAUACACUGGAGGAAAGUCUUCCAUCGGACCGCGAACGAGACAGAGAGGGAGGUUCCUGCCUGAGACGUUUUUACAGGAAACGAUACUCAACUCCGCUCGUUUUCUUUCUGAAGAGAUUAUGAUGAUGAUGAUGAAGAAGAUCGAGAUGAUGGAGGCCAAACUCUGGUUUGCUCUUUGUGCGCUUUUGCUCGUUAACAUGGGAUCCGCUGAUAAAGAUGCUAAUGCAACGACUGUGCAGACACCUGAACCGACCAAUAAUUCAGAGUUCAGGACAUCAAUGACUCAGCAGCCAUCAGUGUCCCAUGGUGCUUCCAACCUUUUCACUGAAGCCCCUGGAACUGGAACCAACGCCACAAACACGACCGGAACUUUCUCCACACCCGCGCCACAUACGACUCAGUCUACAUCGAAUCACACAACACCUUUACAUGAUGCUAUAACCUCUUCGACGCCUUCAAACAACUCCACUCAAAAUGAGACCUCCUCCCCCACUUCUGUCUCAGCACCUAACGCCACGACGGCGGCAGCGGCUACAGCCGCCAGCACUGUUUCCACUUCGGCGUUCAACGCCACAUCGUCUCGAGACGCCACCACUUAUCAGCCGUCCACAGCUGCUAAUCAGGCAACAAGUAAACUCUCCUCAGUCAAUGCCACGACCCUGCCGAACAUCACCUCCACCCAAGCAGAGAGUUCACCCCAGCUCACCAUCAAGGGCAGCAAUUCUCCUGACUCUCCCAGACUGGACCCCCUUCUGGUUGGCUUGGUGUCGGCGUUCAUCAUCGCUGCCAUCGUCAUCACGCUGCUGCUCUUCCUCAAGUUCCGCCGAAGACAAAGCGGACCACAGUUUCACCGGCUGCAGGACCUACCAAUGGACGACAUGAUGGAGGAAACACCCCUGUCCAUGUACAGCUACUGAAGGGGUGUGGAGGCCCAACAAGAGUCUUUUCUACUCUUCAAACCAGGACAGUAAUGCUGUGGUUGUUGAACCGGAUCCUCUUAAUUAGCACCAGACAGAAAUUCACAUGGGUAGCAGUAAGUGUAGCCCUGGAUUGGUUUUACUUACCCAGAUUAUCUGGGCGCUUAGCGGACACGGACCUAAUUUAAAUAGAAGUUUAACGAUAAAGUCAAACAGCCAGGAGGAAUCCCUCUGGAAAGUGAUCUGUGUUUGGUGUGUGAUUUUUUUUAUUAUUAUUAUUUUUUACUGGGGAAAAAAAAAGCUUUUGUUCACUUCUGUACAUGUAAAGUUUGAGGUUGUAAAUAUUGUUAUGCACUUCAAAUGGUUGAUAAAAGGUAAAGCAGAAGGAAACUGCUUUCGGUCCCAUCAGUCAGUGACGCUCAGACCCAGGCUGAGGUGAUCGUGAGGCUUCGUUGGGUUUAAGUCGGUACAGAGAGGAAGAGGAGGGAGGGAAGAAACCUUCUGAUUUUUCUGUUAAAAAAUCUGCACUUUACUUUUCAGGGGUAAGUGAUGAGGAAAAACAUAGAGAAAUUUGGAUUCUGGGGAAUUUGGAAAAUGGAUUUUGUAAAUAGAUUGUUGACAUUGUGCUUUUAAGUGGGUUUUUUGUUGUUGUUGUUUUUUUUAAGUGUUAAUAGAUUUGUGUCUGUCAGUUGCAUAACAGUGAGGAGUUGCAGGCAUAGCAGGGAUUAUUUAGUGUUUGAUUUUCAUGAUGUUGAAGGUUCUGUUGUCCUGUAGUCCAGAGUGCCUUACACAUUUCAGUGAAAAGCCUUCCUUGAUUUCUCAAUUUAUUUGCCGGAUGAACAAAAUUAAUUUCCAGGUAUUAGCAAUUAUCAUGUUAAUAGUAAUUAACAUGAUAAUUUAGCAAUUAUCAUGUUAAUGAUAAUUGCUAAAGUAAUGAAGCCAAGUAAUGAAGCCGCGCUGUUUACUUGCUGCAGGUCUUCAGUCAGCACCAAUGGAAAAUAAAGGUCGGACGCUUAUUGUUAGCAUUGCACAUACUACUGAUGUUGAUUGCCAACAUAUAUAGGGCAGUCCCCAUUCAAAUUCAGCACAAAUUUAUAAUAAGUGGAGCCACUUGGCAACACGGUGUUUUAAGUUCAGAAGUACUUUGUAGAUUUUUUCUGUACAUAAGCCAUGUUUUAUGCAAAUGUUCAAAUGAAAAGGGUGAAAAUGUGCGUUGUCUCCAGUUAGGGAUGGGCUGGAUAUCUGUGUGACGUAUAUCCACACAGAUAUAAGGUUUCUAUUACCUUAUGGAUCUGAAAGUUUUAUAAUAAAGUAUUAGAGAAAGUGCUGGUAACUUGAUACUGCUGCAGUGUCCCAUCCCCCUCCCCCGCCUAUUGCUUCACAAUGCCAGUCGCCUUGCUGAAACAAGACUAUGGCACAUUCCCCUCGUUUACAAAGAAAAAAAAAAGUGGUAUCUUGUAAACCUUUCUGGUAACCACAAACACAAACGGUCGUAGGUUGAAAGCUAAAGGACAGACACCCAUCCGGUCUGUACAGCACCUGGCACUUGGAUGAUGUUAUAAAGUGAUUUUGAAUUCAGGCGUGACAUUUCAUGAGACUGUUUUAAUUCUAGGUUGUCGUAGAGAAAGUCGUACUGAGCCAUGCCUAGUUCCGAUGCAGAAUCAAACCCGACGAGUCUGAACUCAGUUUUUGUUGCAUUGUAUGUUUGCAGGAACCACUGAUUCAAUUAAAACGCAGCAGAAUUGUUGAAUGUGCAAGUUACACGUAUUUGUUUUAAAUUGUACAUAUUCAUAAAGCAAUGUUACAUUUUCCUGAUGUUAGUUGAUUUUUCAGCAUCUCAAAGGUAGAAAUGGUCUCUGUGUGGCUGAGGCUGCAGGUCUUUAAAGCCCACAGCAAAUCAUUCAUGGAUCAGUGUCAUCAUCACAUGUGUUAAAUGAAUAUUUCUGCCAUUUGUAAGUCACAGAUUGCUUUUUUUUUUAAUGAUUAAAGAUGGGGUUUUUUUCUCCCGUGUCAGACGUCUGCCAUAGACAACUUCUGACUUCAGCGGCACCAACAGAAACUCUGUGAAAACGUCUGUUCGUACAUGCCGGAACACAAAAGUCGAUCUCUUGUUUUUCUCGGAAACAGACGUUUGCUGUGGGCGAAAACACAAGACGCGCCCAUGCAGAGACUCCCUGCAUGCAUCAGUGCUGUGUUUCACACAAGGCACACUGAACAAUAAAGGGCAGAUUAACAUAAAA